CGGGGCUCGGCGGCACAAUGCAGCCCUCGGAGGCCCUGCCCGGGCUGUGGGGCUGAGCCCCGGCCCCCCAUGGCCCCCCUCCGCCGGUCCUAGGGGUGCCCGGUGCCCGCAGCAGGACGCGCCGGCAGGGCGAGAGGAGAGGCGAGGAGCCGAGGCAGCGCCGCGCCCCCCUUGGCCCCCCCCCCGGGUCCCCCCGCCCCAAAACGGGCUCUACCCCGCCGCCGGGUCCCGGGCUCCCGGCCCCGCACCGGCUCCGCGAUGGACCCCUGCUCCUCGCUCUUCAGCUACGUGUUAAUGCACUUGUUCGUCCUCUGCCUGCAAGCCCAGGUAACUGUUCAGUCCCCACCUAAUUUUACACAGCAUGUGAGGGAGCAGAGCCUGGUGACAGAUCAGCUGAGCCGGCGGCUCGUCCGUACCUACCAGCUGUACAGCAGGACCAGCGGGAAGCAUGUGCAGAUCUUGGACAACAAGAAAAUCAAUGCGAUGGCAGAGGAUGGGGACGUGCACGCCAAGCUCAUCGUGGAGACCGACACCUUCGGGAGCCGCGUGCGCAUCAAGGGGGCGGCCACGGGUUUCUACAUCUGCAUGAACAAGAAGGGGAAGCUGAUCGGCAAGAGCAACGGCAAAGGCAAGGACUGCGUCUUCACGGAGAUCGUCCUGGAGAACAACUACACGGCGCUGCAGAACGCCAAGUACGAGGGCUGGUACAUGGCCUUCACCCGCAAGGGCCGCCCGCGCAAGGGCUCCAAGACCCGGCAGCACCAGCGCGAGGUGCACUUCAUGAAGCGGCUCCCCAAGGGCCACCAGACCACCGAGCCCCACCGGCGCUUCGAGUUCCUCAACUACCCCUUCAACCGCAGGAGCAAAAGGACUAGAAACUCCAGCUCCAAGGCUGGCCCUUGACUUGCCAAGCCCUGAGGACUCUGCUUAGGAGCUUGGUGGACUUAACCCGUAGAGACUUUUCCUAUAUGGUUAUUAAAAA